AUGGCAAGAACUAAUACAACUAAGAUUAUAACCAAAAAUUCGACAAGAAUAAUAUCAUUGAAUAAAUCGCCAAGUAUUAUGUGCAAUGAAUUUAUUGAUGCGAAUGGUGUUAGAAAUAAGGGUUUUACUUGUCCAAUUCAAAAUUUCGUGCAAUAUUUUUGUUGUAAUACAAAUAAUUAUUAUUUUUGUUGUACACCUGAUCGUUAUUUAUUGGAAAUAAAUUCUCAGCAUGAACCCAUUUAUAUAGCUGGCCAAUAUCAACCUUCAAAUCAGAUCACACUCGAUCAAAAUUAUAUUGGUGCAUUGAUAAAUAAUUCUAGAAUAAUCAAUAAAGAAUUUAUAUUAUUUCAAAAACUUUUUUUACCAAUUUUUUUACUCAGCUCAAGUAUUCUGUUUCUUAUUGGUAUUGCUCUAUGGUUUUGGCUAUACAAACAUAAAGUAUUCUAUGCAUUGGAACAAGAUAAUUUUAAUAAACCAAAUCGGACAGUAAAAAGAACAUCACAGUCAAUGUGUAACAAUCUACUGUCAACAAAGAAAAACACCAUUAAUUUGCCUAUGGAACGAAAGUUACGAAGAAUAUCAUAUCCAUCAACUGAAGUUUAA